AUGUUAGUUAGCUGGAAACACUAUGAUCCUGCUUCUGAAUUUGGAGUUCUUGUUAGGCUUUGUCUUUCGAGUUUCGAUUGCGAUACUUCCAUCUCUUUCAUCAUCUUUCUCUCUUAA